AUUUUAUCUAACUACACAUUUUGUGGAGUAAUUUUAAAUUUAAAGAUCCAGUAAAUUCAUGAAUUCUAAUAAGAAGCCUCUAAAUGUUUGGUGUGAUGGAUGCUAUGAUAUGGUUCAUUUUGGGCAUGCUAAUCAAUUACGCCAAGCUAAGCAUAUGGGUGAUUAUUUAAUAGUUGGUGUUCAUAGUGAUGAGGAAAUCACAAAACACAAAGGCCCACCUGUUUUUAAUGAAGAAGAAAGAUAUAAAAUGGUAAAGGCAAUUAAAUGGGUUGACGAGAUUGUAGAGAAUGCACCAUAUAUCACAACACUCGAAACUCUUAAUAAAUAUGGAUGCCAAUUUUGUGUCCAUGGAGAUGAUAUAACCUUGACUUCAGAUGGGGUGGACACUUAUCAUAUAGUAAAGGCUGCAAACAGAUAUAAAGAAUGCAGUAGAACACAAGGAAUUUCCACUACUGAUUUAGUUGGAAGAAUGUUAUUGUUGACUAAAACCCAUCACGAAAGGGAUGACGAAAUUAGUUUGCACAAAGAAAAUACCAAUAACAUAGGAAAAGAUAAACAAGCUCAGAGUCCUUGGACGGGAACAUCUCAGUUUUUACCCACCACCAGGAAAAUCAUACAAUUUUCUUCGGGAAAGGCUCCAAAACCCGGGGAUAGGAUUGUGUACGUCGCAGGCGCUUUCGAUCUUUUUCACGUCGGUUUGUUGGAUUUUAUUGAGCGAGCCUCAAAAGAGGGCGAUUAUUUGAUAGUUGGAUUACACGCUGACAAGGUGGUGAACAGGUAUAAAGGCUGCAAUUAUCCUAUAAUGAAUCUUCACGAACGUGUAUUAAGUGUGUUGGCCUACAAGUAUGUGUCAGAAGUGGUCAUAGGUGCUCCUUAUUCUGUAACUCCCGAGCUAAUGGAUCAUUUUGCCGUGGAUAUUGUUUGCCAUGGGGUAACCCCCGUUUCUCUAGAUUUUGAUGGCUCUGACCCCUAUGCCGAACCUAAACGUAGGGGCAAGUUCAAGUUGGUGGAUAGUGGAAAUACACUUACCACAUCAGAUAUAGUUCAAAGGAUCAUUACUAAUCGAGUUAACUUCGAGGUCAGAAAUGCUAAAAAGGAAAAGAAGGAAAGAGACAUGUAUGAUAAAUUAUAUUUGCAACCCUGUAAAAACAACAUUAUAAUAUCUAACAAUGGAUCGAUAGGCAUUCCCCCAGUAAAUCAAUAAAGCAAAAAAUAUACCAUGUGAUUAAUAAGUAUACCACAUGCAUGAUUUUUAUUGUAUCAAAUAUAUUAAAUUAUUAGUUUCUUAGAUUUAUUUGUUACUUAUAUUUAUCUUUGUAAAAACGUGAUCUUUUUUAAGUAAUCUUUAUAUAAACAUUUAAUUUAUUGUAAUUAUACAUUUUUAUAACCUUUUAAUAAACCAAAAAAGUAAUGAUAUUAAAUUUAAAAAUAGUAUUAAAUUUAAUUAGUACUUAACAUUUAUCUGUUUAUCAUUUGCACUUGAGCAUCAUUAAACAUUCACUAGAACAAUUAACAGUAUCAUAAA